AACAGAGAUGACCAGUUGGUCACAGUUUCUGCUUCUUUUCUUAUCUGAAGCUGAUCACUAAGAGAAGACACGUCAGGCUGCUCAGUGUAGUGUGUGUGUGUGUGUGUGAAUGUUUGCUGUUGAAGAGAAGUUCAUCUGGAAGCUGCUGACUAAGUCAACAGAGGCUGAACACUGAGGAGACAUGGAAGCUGUGAUCGGACUGUUGGUGAUGAUACUCGGAGUCUCUCAUGGUGUGGAAACCUACUGUGAUGGCCGACAGGAUGGAGCUCAGUGUUAUGGAGCUUUGGGAGGAACUGUGGUCCUCCAGCUGAUGGACAAUACCUCAGGAAUAUCUAGAUACCAAUGGUCAAUCAAAACAACAAUCAAUGCAAAUACAACAACAAUAACAACAAUACUCAGCGGGAGCAAUAAUCCUUUUGUGUUUAAUGCGAUAGAAAACAGAUCCUUCUUUACUCCCAGUAAUGGAACAUUUAGGAUCAACAACCUGAGCUGGACUGAUGGAGGUGAAUAUAAACUUGAAAUCAUUGGUUCAGAUGGAUUGGUAUCAGAGCAGCGGACUCUACAGUUGACCAUUCAAGCUCCUGUGUCCUCUGUCCUGCUGGUCUCUGAGUGUCUGUCCCAGGGAGAGAUGAGGGUGUCCUGCUCCUCUAAGGGAGGGGACAGUCCUCAGUACAGCUGGACUCUGGAUGGACGCACACUGACAGACGCUGAGCUCCUCUCUGGAAAUACUGAGACUGACAGCAUCACUCUGAAACAAAACGUCUCAGGACGACUGGUCUGCUCAGUAAGGAAUAAAGUCAGUAAUGUCUCAGAAGAAAAGACAUUAUCUACAUGUGGUGUGGAAACCUACUGUGAUGGCCAACAGGAUGGAGCUCAGUGUUAUGGAGCUUUGGGAGGAACUGUGGUCCUCCAGCUGAUGGACAACGCCUCAGAAAUAUUUAGAUACACAUGGUCAAGAAAAACAACAAAAAUAGUCAGUGGAAGAAAGAAUAUGAUUAUGUUUAAUGAGAUAGAAAACAGAUCCUUCUUUACUCCCAGUGAUGGAACAUUUAGGAUCAACAACCUGAGCUGGACUGAUGGAGGUGAAUAUAAACUUGAAAUCUUUGAUUCAGAUGGAAAGAUAUCAGAGCAGCGGACUCUACAGUUGACCAUUCAAGCUCCUGUGUCCUCUGUCCUGCUGGUCUCUGAGUGUCUGUCCCAGGGAGAGAUGAGGGUGUCCUGCUCCUCUGAGGGAGGAGACAGUCCUCAGUACAGCUGGACUCUGGAUGGACGCACACUGACAGACGCUGAGCUCCUCUCUGGAAAUACUGAGACUGACAGCAUCACUCUGAAACAAAAUGUCUCAGGACGACUGGUCUGCUCAGUCAGGAAUCAAGUCAGUAAUGUCUCAGAAGAAAAGACAAUAUCUACAUGUGGUGUGGAAACCUACUGUGAUGGCCGACAGGAUGGAGCUCAGUGUUAUGGAGCUUUGGGAGGAACUGUGGUCCUCCAGCUGAUGGACAAUACCUCAGGAAUAUCUAGAUACCAAUGGUCAAUCAAAACAACAAUCAAUGCAAAUACAACAACAAUAACAACAAUACUCAGCGGGAGCAAUAAUCCUUUUGUGUUUAAUGCGAUAGAAAACAGAUCCUUCUUUACUCCCAGUAAUGGAACAUUUAGGAUCAACAACCUGAGCUGGACUGAUGGAGGUGAAUAUAAACUUGAAAUCUUUGGUUCAGAUGGAUUGGUAUCAGAGCAGCGGACUCUACAGUUGACCAUUCAAGCUCCUGUGUCCUCUGUCCUGCUGGUCUCUGAGUGUCUGUCCCAGGGAGAGAUGAGGGUGUCCUGCUCCUCUAAGGGAGGGGACAGUCCUCAGUACAGCUGGACUCUGGAUGGACGCACACUGACAGACGCUGAGCUCCUCUCUGGAAAUACUGAGACUGACAGCAUCACUCUGAAACAAAACGUCUCAGGACGACUGGUCUGCUCAGUCAGGAAUCAAGUCAGUAAUGUCUCAGAAGAAAAGACAUUAUCUACAUGUGGCUUCAUAUUCAUUAAUUGCACCUUAAAAGACGGGACGAACAUAUCACAGUGGGUGUUUCCAGCCAAUAAUACCCUGUGUGUUCCACCAACAACAGCUCCUACCACGAGUACAUACACCUCCACCGUGGGGUACUUGCCGAUAAUGGCCGGUGUACUGUCUGCGUUGGUAAUUCUGUUAGUGGUCGGGGUGGCUGUCGUCUGUGCUCAGAAGAAAAAGCAAAACAACAAACCUAAAGAAGAAGAAGACCAUGAACUAACCUAUGCUGAUGUCAGGUUUGCGCAGCGGCCAGGGAGGCAGGUGCAGCAAAGGGCAAAGACGGAGGUGGAGGUGGAGUACGGCCAGGUCAAGUUUUCAGAGCGACCUCAGCAGACUGUUGAACCAGCAGGAGAUGAAUGUGUGUACGCCAAGGUCCGUAGAGACAGGUGAUUCACGGCGUUUAGUGUUUUACAAAGACUGUACCACUGAAGACAGAGAGACGAGGUGUUUGUGAAGAUGCCCAAAGCUCUUUCACCUUCAUUUAAUGUGAUGUUCAAAAGGACAAAAUAUAGAUGAAUAUUAUUAUUUACCACUUUAUCUUCUGGGAUGAGCGAGCUUCAAAGUAUCAUCAUCAUCAUUUGAAUUACACUGUGACUACAUAGACUAGAAUAUAUCAUCAAAACACAUAUUUUUAAAGUAUUUCCAUAAUUGUUACACUCUCUCUUUGUAUUUACAUUAUGUUCUACUUCUCUGUUUUUACUCGUUUUUAAUUUAUGAGCAUAUUUACUUUUAUUUCAUUGUUAAAACACUGUACAUUUGCCAAAGGCUAACAUUUUAAGAAUAAUGUUAAUGUAACAAUGUAUUUGGUUUUAUUACUCCACAAUGAUUGGCAGACGUGGACACUCUAAAGCACUCUGACAAGCUGUCAUCUGUACGUUUAUGUUCUGUGUUUUAACUUCAUAUCAAAGGGAUAAAGUAGGUCUUUUCUUAGAUUAAUAUAUAUUUAUUAAACAGAUAUGGAUGGAUUAGUUGAGGGUCAGAGUUUCUCAAAUACAAUAGUAUGCUCCUGUGUUGGUAGUGUAGAGAUUUCUUAAAGGUUCUAUGUGGUGUGGAAGUUAAUCUCACAUCGACAGUAAGAUAAGUUUGUAGAGAAAUGUCUUGUGUCUCAGGAAGUUCGCAGUAACAGUAACCACAUAUUUUUUUCCAUAACGUAAACACUUCUGCUUUUUCUUAGGCAUGUGCUUUCAUUCUUUCAAAAUUGGUUUAUCAGUUGCAAGGGGUGAUUUUAAGACCUUACAUCAACCCUGUGUCAGUUAAUGGUGAAAUAUCCCUGUAAUGUAAGAAUAAAUAUGAGUGGCUUGUGUACUUUUAUUCAUACUCUAAGAUAAAAGUUAGUGGGGGGGGGGAUUUGUCUAUUUUAGUAGAUCCAGACAUAGAUAAUAGUAAAUUAUAUCUCAGGAUUGCCUGCAACAGUAGGCUACAUGCAGGUUGCUUAGUGUUUCUUAAUACAGUGAGUUAGCAGUAAAAGGAGAACACCUUCUAAAUGAGGGUGUUUUAGGGAGAAAAUUAACUACGUGUCAGAUUAUCUUUUAGCACCAUCAGGUUUUUUCUAUAUUUAGUUUGACACGUUUCCUCUCUUAGUCGCUUCCAGUUUUAAAGCUUUCACAAGUGUAAUAUAGAUACCUGUAGUAAAACCUUAAACCUUGUGAUGAUUUAAUAAUUGUAAUAAUUCAGGGUUUGAGUAAUUUUAGGGCUCUGACUUUCAAGUCUGGAGAAGAAACCAUUCUACAUUGUGGAUAUCUAUGCUCCCUGUUUAUGGGUAAAUAGAAAGUCGGUUGAACACAGUGCUGACUUGUGAUGUUUCAUGAUCUAAUGUUAACCAGUUAGUCAACUAUCAAAAAGGUUUAUAAUUAAAAACCAAACAUGGCCAUUUGUCUGGAAUUAAAUUGAACUGCAUGCAACUGAGGACCUAAACAGACAAUAAUGCUAAAGAAAAUGUAAGUUCUUAGGUAUUGGCUCUGACCCUACUCUGACUUGGAAAUGAUCAGUGUAUUCUGACCACAGACAUCAUACAGUGCCCAUCAUAUUCCUGUAAGCUGCUCUAUUAAAUAAUCUAAAUAUCCCUGACACUUUGGUUUUCCUGCCUCUUCUCAAAGACCCAAUCUUUUCUAAGUUAACCAUUGUGCAGCUUACAUGCUCCAGCCCAUAGGAGGAAGUGCUCGACUGCACAAGACGUAAUAAUAAAUGGCGAGGGGAGAAACAAAUAGUUCAAUACUGGAAGGCAUCAGCUAGAAUAAGGUCUGUUGGAUUAAGUUAAUGUUUGUUUAAACCUUUGCUUUUCUGAGUUGACUUCAUAACUCUUAGACAUUGGAUAAUUUGCAAAGCAACUCAUAAUGGACAUUUUGGAGUAAUAACUUUUCAUAUUAUCAAAGCUGCUAUUGCAUGUGCUACAGUCUUUUGGUAUAGACUGGGUCAGGAAGUGUACGGUCAAACCUUUGAUCCUCAGGAAGAGCACCCUUCUUGUCUCAGCUCAGUAUCUCCCUCUGAAACUCUUCAAUGAUGUAUGUUGAAGUAGCCUGACACAGUUUAUUUUACUGUUGCUUGAGUUCUAUUUUUUUGUGUUUUGUAACUUCUGUUUCCUAAAAAAAAUCAUCAAUUGUCAUUAUAUGUAAGUUUUGGUUUUAUAGGUAAAGUGACAGCAUGUAAGUUGUUUAUUUGCUGUGUAUUUAAUCAAAGACAGAGGUUACAUGCUUGGUUUGGUUUGAUAUCUUGAGGUUAAAGAUCCACCAAUACCAUUCAGCUGAUGCACAGCUAUAAAUAUGUGUUUAUGGUUCAUGAUAGUUGUAAAACAAACAACCAUUUUGUUAGUUGAACCCUCUUGUUGAAACACAGUUGACCUUCUGACUGACAUAAUCUACUGAGCAAAUAAUUAACAACACAGGAGAAGUGUAAUAAAACUGCUCCAACAAUCCAGUAUCCUUUUUGCCAUUUCAGUCAGUCAAUACUACUUUGAUCAUUUUAAUAAUUGUAUAAGUAUUAAAUUGUUUAGUAUUGUUGCAGCUAAAAUGUGUAACAUGGGGAAUCAUGUGGCACCUUAGCUCUUGACAGGUAUUUUUUUUCCUUAUAAAAAGCAGGUGAUAUUGUCAUUGUCUGUGUCAUGUGAUGUUAUACUGCCAUGCCAAAUGUAUUUAUUUAUAAAACCAAGACUGGUGCCAAUUCUUCAAUCCUGGGCACGUCAGUUUUUGACUGAAUAUAUAAUUUGGGGUUACUUAUAAUUUAAUUUAAAGAAUGUGUCAGCAACUAUUUGUAAAUAAAGUAAAUUUAAAGUAAAGUUUGAUUAUUCAGUAUAUGUAUGUAUCCUGUAAUGUGGACUUUAUUGUUGUAUGAUUCAAUAACAAAUUACGGUACAAACAGAGGUCAUUAAAUUCAUGUUUUACAGUAAUUAAGUAAUUUUGUGGGCUGGUAAAGCUUUAGACCAUUGGUACACUUCCUCAUUGGCAGCAUGAACUUAUCAAGAAGCUUUUCACUGUGGUAAUGUUUCAGACAGUUGUGGUUCAGGGAAAGCAGCAGAUAGACCCACAGCUUGUGACUGUGCUCAGUGCUAAUGAACAGA